AUGGCAUACAACCGCGAAUGGGACAAGGGCAAACAGCCCGACUACUCCGACUAUAGCUCCUGGCAGGCCGCCCCCCAAGCCAACCGCGCGCGCGAAGACGAUUACUACGGGGAUAACAAACGCAGGAAAUUCAACGACGGCGUACGCGCUCCUUGCAGCUUUGCGUGCUCUUCUGGGCUCCCUCUCAGGUGGCGGCGGAUACAACAAAAACGUCUCGUUCCAAGCGAUCCCAGUCCCCAUGUCAUCUUCUUGGGACUGGACACAGACUUCACAGAGUCCGACAUGCAAGCAUAUCUCACCAGCAACGGCUGUAGCAUCGAGUCGGUCACCAUCAUCCGAGACAGAACCACAGGUAUCUCUAAGGGAUUCGGGUUCGCUCAGUUCACGAGCACCGAACACGCCCGCGCGUUCGUCGACCCGUGCUUCCCCUUCAUCCAGAUCCCGCCACCUGCGUCCCACGGCGCCACGGCCACCACCGCGUUCUACCGCGCGCUCGAGGCGGGGAGCAGUGUACCUCCCAAUGGCCGGCGCGUCAAGAUCGACUAUUCUCAGAGCGCAGCCCCUGGUGAACGCCGGAAACCUAAUGGCCCGACCAACGAUGGUACGCGCGACAUUGGGAACACGCAAGCCGCGGUGUUGCUCUUCCGUGGGCUCGACCCACUGUCUGGGCCUCAAGCGAUCGCGCAAGCCAUGAAGACGAGCUCAGGGUUGGGAAAGGAGGGUGCCAAGGGAAUGCGGAGAAUUAUUCUCAUAAAGGACAAGGUGGCCACCACAAGUUGGGGCUUCGCAUUCGUCGAGUUCUUGGACGUCGAGUCGGCGUCCGCAGUACUCGCGGCAACCAUGUCGCACCAGCUUCACCCGAACGGCUUCAGGAUAUCCGAUAAGCCCGUCGCUGCUUCGUUUGCGCACCCGUACUCCUUCCAGCCAGUCCCUGAUCACUCUCUACGCGACGAUGCUACUAUGGCGUCGUCUGUAGCGCUUGGAGGCACAGAAGGAAUGUGGGUGAGAUAUUGGGACGAGUCGUCCACCGCUGCCACCCUGGAGUUCAAAGUGGAGGAGCCCGUGAAUACUUCGACUCCUGCUCCUGUCGUGAAGGAAAAGAAAGAGAAGAAAAAGAAAGGUAGCCACAUAUCCGGACCAAAUACCUCGCAGGUCCCUGUCGAGGCUUCUGCUCUCCCUGUCUCCGACAAGCCUGUAACUUUGAAUUUCAAAAGCGGCUUCACAAUGGGAAAAAUUGGAGGUGUCGGAGCAGCCAAGAAGGCACCUCUGUCUUCAGCGUUCUCCAUGGACGAUGGCGCGGAAGACGACGCAGACGCAACGGCUGAGACAUCUACGGCUGAGGAUCCGAAGGUUGCAGCCGCGAAGAAAGUGGCACCUUUGAUCGCUAGCAAGAAGACUGUGAAUAACAUCACCAAGUGGAACCAUGUCCAGGAGGUGUUGCACCAUGACGUGCCGCAAGAGAUACCUGCGGCUCAACCAUACGUACGCUCACAGCGUGUACAGGCAGAAACGUCCGCUCCCCCUGCCGCCACGCCAGCACCAGCGCCUGCGGUAGCAGUCAAGGAAGCCGUACUCCCUGUGGAGGUUGAGUUCGAAUUCUCCGACACGACGGCCAUGACGUGCUUGCUUUGCGCGCGGCAGUUCAAAGCGCUUGAUAAGCUUAAGAGGCAUAACAAGGAGUCAGACCUGCACAAGAAAAACUUCAAGGACGCUAACCUGCGAGACAUUGCACGAGAGAAGGUUCACGCCGCGAAAGCCAAGGCGGAGGCGCAGCAAGAAGCUCAGCAGCCGAAGUAUCGCGACCGUGCCUCCGAGCGUCGAGUCAUGCAUAACCAGCCUGAUAUCCCGCUGCCGAUACCCGCCGACCGCUCUGUGACGAAGCUGAAGCACUCUGAAGGCCCUCCCCCGCCAUCGCCUCCUCCUCCCCCCACUCUUAACCCUGGCCAGGACGAGAAGAACAUUGGCAAUAAGCUGUUGAAGAUGAUGGGGUGGAAGGAGGGCCAAGGUUUGGGUACUGAGGGAGACGGUCGUGUUGAUCCAAUCCAAACCGCUAUCUAUGCUGCGGGUGCUGGGCUGGGUGCAAGCAAGGCCAAGGAUAUCACCAAGUUUGCCAACGAUUACGCUGGCUAUGUCAAUUUGGCGAAGGAUUCAGCGCGUGAGCGAUAUGGUAGUUGA